AUGAAGAGGGAGAACCAGAGCACUGUGUCUGAAUUCCUCCUCCUGGGGCUCCCCAUCCGGCCAGAGCAGCAGGGCAUGUUCUUCACCCUGUUCCUGGGCAUGUACCUGACCACGGUGCUGGGGAACCUGCUCAUCAUCCUGCUCAUCAGGCUGGACCCUCGCCUCCACACCCCCAUGUACUUCUUCCUCAGCCACUUGGCCUUCACUGACAUCUCUUUCUCAUCUGUAACUGUCCCUAAGAUGUUGACGAGCGUGCAGACCCAGCACCUCUCCAUCUCUUAUAAAGGGUGCAUUUCACAGACCUAUUUUUUCAUAUUCUUUGCUGACUUGGACAGUUUCCUUAUCACUUCAAUGGCCUAUGACAGAUAUGUGGCUAUCUGUCACCCUCUCCAUUAUACCACCAUCAUGAGUCAGAUCCUUUGUGUGGUGUUGGUGGCUGGGUCCUGGGUCACUGCUUGUGCUUGUGCUCUUUUGCAUACUCUCCUCCCGGCCCGACUGUCUUUCUGUGCUGAUGACACCAUUCCCCACUUCUUCUGUGAUCUUGCUGCCCUGCUUAAAUUGUCCUGCUCAGAUACCACCAUCAACCAAUUGGUAAUCCUUACUGCAGGAUUGACAGCCAUUAUGUUUCCAUUCAUAUGCAUCCUGGUUUCUUAUGUCCAUAUUGGGGCCAACAUCCUCCGGGUUCCCUCUACCAAGGGUAUCUGCAAAGCCCUGUCCACUUGUGGAUCCCACCUCUCAGUGGUGACUCUCUAUUAUGGAGCAAUUAUUGGUCUAUAUUUUCUCCCCUCAUCCAGCAACACAAAUGACAAGAACAUGAUUGCUUCAUUGAUGUACACAGUGGUCACUCCUCUGUUGAACCCCUUCAUUUAUACCCUGAGAAAUAAAGACAUGCAAAGUGCCUUGAGAAAACUCUUGAGUAAGAAAACAUAUUCUUCCAACUGA